CACAACACAAAAUCUUCCAAAGCUUUUUGAUCAAUUCAAAUUUUCACUCUCCAGAAAGCUCACUGUGAAUUCUUGAAUAUAGAGGAAAAGGCAGGAGGCUUCCAGAACUUUCUCAACUUUAAUUUUCACUAUCAAAAUUCGGUUUCUCUCUGUCUUCUUUGCUCUUCAUUUCUCGAAUCCGGAAAUGGCGUGCAGCAGCAUCACACACCAGAUCGGAGCUCUGGCCGGGAAUCCGAUCUCGGCCGCGGAGACAAGCACGUCGUCCGGGGAAGCGACGAUGAGCGUGACCGCGGCGGCCGCAUGGAAGUCGCCGGCGGCGAGCCUGACGUGCAAGCUAAACAAUCCUGAAAUGAAGGACGGCGCCGCGAUGCUGACGCCGCCGCAGAGCCCGUGCCGGUCGCCGGUUCUCGGCGCGACGCGGGCGGAUCUUUCGGUGGCGUGCCAGGCGUACGCGGCGGAGGCGCCGGCGGUGGAGGUGGAGGUGGAGCACGAGCUGAAGGGGGCGGUGAAGACGAUCGACGGCGUGCCGGUAUUCGUGAUGGUGCCCUUGGAUAGCGUGACGAUGAAUCACACGGUGAAUCGGAAGAAGGCAAUUAACGCGAGUCUUCACGCGCUGAAGAGCGCUGGGGUGGAGGGGAUCAUGAUGGACGUGUGGUGGGGCCUGGUGGAGAGGGACGCGCCCGGCGCGUACAACUGGGGCGGUUACAACGAGCUGUUGGAGAUGGCCAAGAAGCACGGCCUUAAAGUCCAGGCCGUCAUGUCGUUCCACCGGUGCGGCGGGAACGUCGGCGAUUCUUGCACGAUUCCUUUACCCAAUUGGGUUGUGGAGGAGGUGAACAAUGAUCCAAACCUUGCAUAUACUGAUCAAUGGGGAAAGAGGAACUACGAGUAUCUUUCACUUGGUGUUGAUACACUUCCGGUACUUAAAGGCCGCACGCCUGUGCAAUGUUAUGCUGAUUUUAUGCGUGCCUUCAGAGAUAACUUCAAACACCUUCUUGGUGACACCAUUGUGGAAAUCCAAGUUGGAAUGGGUCCAGCUGGUGAGCUCCGAUACCCAUCAUAUCCAGAGGGGGACGGUACAUGGUCAUUCCCCGGAAUUGGUGCCUUCCAGUGUUUUGACAAGUAUAUGCUCAGUAGCUUGAAAGCUCAUUGUGAAUCUGAGGGCAAGCCAAAAUGGGGUAGCACAGGCCCCACUGAUGCUGGUCACUACAAUAACUGGCCGGAAGAUACCCCAUUCUUCAGAAAAGAGGGUGGAGGCUGGAACAGUACUUAUGGUGAAUUCUUCCUUGGUUGGUACUCUCAGAUGCUCCUGGAUCAUGGUGAGAGGAUCCUUUCCGCAGCCAAGUCUACCUAUCGGGACGAGGGUGUGAAAAUCUCAGUAAAGGUCUCUGGCAUUCAUUGGCAUUAUGGAACCCGGUCCCAUGCUCCCGAGCUCACAGCAGGGUACUACAACACAAGAUUCCACAAUGGUUACCUACCAAUUGCUCAGAUGUUAGCCCGUCAUGGCGCCAUUUUCAAUUUCACUUGCAUUGAGAUGCAUGAUCACGAGCAGCCACAAGACGCCCAGUGUUCCCCUGAAGGGCUUGUUAGGCAAGUGGCCUUGGCCACUCAGAAAGCAGGAGUACCACUUGCAGGUGAAAAUGCAUUGCCAAGGUAUGAUGACUAUGCGCACAAGCAGAUCUUGCAAGCAUCCGCGUUGAACAUUAAGGGUAACACCGAAGGCAAGCAGAUGUGUGCAUUCACAUACCUGAGGAUGAACCCGCAACUCUUCCAGGCCGACAAUUGGAGGCGCUUUGUGUCAUUUGUGAAGAAAAUGAAGGAAGGAAAGAACACUCAAAAGUGUAGGGAACAAGUGGAGAGGGAAGCCGAGCAUUUAGUGCACGUUACGACACCUCUGGUCCAGGAGAGGAUGCUGUCGCUUUGAUGCACUAGCAAUGCAGGAUCAGGCUUUUAGCUAGUUUGCUUGUUCGGUUCUACCACGUCAAAACUAGUGUCUUAUAUUGCAUAUCCGUAUACAAGGUCACAUAAUGACAGUGGCCGUUGGCUCCAUGCCCUUGUCCUUCCUCUACAGCCCUAUUAUUAUUUGAAGGCUGUAGAAUUCGGGUAAUGGAAUUUAGUGUGUUCCAUAAGAUGGGCAGAUUCAAAUCAAACGAUUUAUGUCGAUAGAUUUGAGUAUUUGUUGGUUGUAACAUAUCAUACUGUACAAUGUCAUCCAAUGAAAUUUUUGUCCAUCCAA